UGUACGCGCUGUACAGUUAGAUGACUGUUUAUGACGUCAGCAAGGAGAAGGUUUUGUCAGCGUACAAUUAAAGUGACUCGAAACACCACGGAGAUGCUCGGACUGCUCCGUGCUGCCCCAUAACGUCGACAAUUGCCAAAGAAAAGGCAGCAUCCUUCCAUGAUGCUGAGAAGCAGAAAGAAAGAAAGUGCGACGUCGGAUGCAAAGGUCAUCGAUGUUCUCAGGACUCUAGGCGUGCAGGAUGAUGAAGAUGUCAAGCGGAUGCUGCAGGGUUCCAGGAUGGUGAAGGUCAGAUCGCGCCGCUGGCAGAAGGUGCGGACUCUGAAGCUGCGGGACGAUGGAGCCACUAUCUGGUGUCAGUCCUUCAAGUUCUUCAGCCGAUGCCGGCAAACACAAUCCUUCUCUGUCAGUGAGGUGGAGUGUGUACGACAGGGCUUUCAUUCAGAGACACUACGGAAGAUGGUUGCUGGAAUACCUGAAGACCUCUGUUUGACGGUGGUCUUCAAAGGCUCCCGAAGGAACUUGGAUCUUCUCUGCCGUAACAAGGAGGAGGCUCGUCAUUGGUUUCGAGGCAUCCAAACACUGCUAGAAAGAACUGAGAACAUGACCCAGAAAGAGAAACUUGAUCAUUGGAUUGUUGCUUACCUGAAACAGGCUGAUCUGAAUAAUGACGACAGUAUGAGCUACUCUGAAGUGCAGACAUUGCUGCAGAUGAUCAAUAUUGACUUGAGUGACCAAUAUGCCCGUGCACUCUUUGAGAAAUGUGAUCGCUCAGGCAACAGUCGUCUGGACCACGGGGAAAUAGAGAUUUUCUGCAAAGAGCUGUUGCGGAGGCCUGAGCUAGAUGCUGUGUUUCGCCUCUAUUCCUCCGAUGGCGCUGUCCUCUCAAAUGGAGAUGUGAAGAAAUUUCUUAAAGAUCAGGAGGAGGAUGCUGCAGACACACAUGCCCAAAGCCUGAUCCUCACCUAUGAAUUCAAUGAAUGGGCUCAGAAGAACCAGUUUAUGACACCUAACGGGUUCACUAUGUACAUGCUGUCCAAGGAGAACUCUGCAUUUGAUCCGGAUCAUGCUUGGGUUUAUCAAAACAUGAAUCGGCCCCUAACACACUACUUCAUCUCCUCUUCUCACAACACCUACUUGUCUGGGGACCAGCUGAUUGGAGAGAGUGGUGUCGAGCCAUAUAUCCGAGCCUUGAACAGCGGUUGUCGGUGUGUGGAGUUGGACUGUUGGGAUGGAGAGAAAGGACAACCGAUGAUCUACCAUGGAUACACAUUGACCAGCAAAGUGUCAUUUGCUGAAGUCAUUCAGACAAUUAAUGAGUAUGCUUUUAAGGCAUCACCAUACCCUCUCAUCCUCUCCCUGGAGAACCACUGCUCUGUGGAGCAGCAAACAGUAAUGGCUCAGCACCUGCGAUCCAUUCUGGGGGACAAACUCCUCACCAAGCCCAUCAGUAGCCUUCAGUCCAACGUCCUGCCUUCACCAGAGGACCUCAAGGGUAAAAUCCUGAUAAAGGGGAAGAAAGAGAAAACGGCGGAGGAAGGCCCACCCAGUUCCAGCUCCUCUGAUGAGGAGACCAGCCAAGCUGACAGCAAAGUCAAGAAAAAGAAAGACAAGAAGAAGUCAUCUAAGGUGAGUCGAGUGCUGUCAGACUUGGUCGUGUACGCCCGCAGCGUGCACUUUAAAAACUUUGAACACGCCGCCUCAACCCCGGCAAGCCACAUGUCAUCAUUCUCCGAAAGUCAAGCCCUCGGGCACGUCAACGACUCAGGGAUGCAGUUUGUGCGUCACAAUACCAAUCAUCUUAGCAGAAUAUACCCUUCAGGGCAACGGGUACAAUCUUCCAACUUUAACCCUCAGACUAUGUGGAAUGGAGGCUGUCAGAUUGUGGCUCUGAAUUUCCAAACACCUGGGGAACCAAUGGAUCUAAACCGAGGAAAAUUCCUGCAGAACGGUCAGUGUGGGUACGUUCUGAAACCCCCUUACAUGUGCCAGAAGGACACCACCUUUAACCCAGGAAAUGUUGGUGGAGGUCCUGGCCACUCACCUGUCCUGCUCACUGUUAAGGUUAUUUCAGCACAGCAGUUGCCGAAACAACUGAAGAAGCCGACAUCCAUUGUGGACCCUCAGGUUUGCGUAGAGAUCCAUGGUGUUUCUAUAGACAACGACAAGAAGAAAACACAUCACAUCCAGAACAACGGAUUUAACCCACAGUGGGACUGCACCUUUAAUUUUACCAUUCACGCUCCUGACCUGGCUCUGGUUCGCUUCAUGGUGGAAGAUCAUGACUACACUUCAUCCAAUGACUUCCUGGGACAAUACACCCUACCUUUCAAAAGCCUGCGCAAAGGUUACCGUCAUGUGCCACUGAUGAAGCUGGACGGUUCCAGCCUUUCACCCUCCUCACUCUUCAUCCAUGUCAAGAUACGUGACAAGUCCGCAUCAUAGAAGCACCAGUCAGGAACAUCAUUCAAUCCACUUUGUAGCGUUUAGUUCUGGCCUGUCCAAUCUUUUUUUACACACUAAACUAAAGGAUGUGUUGACGUCACUUUGACCAUUUUUAUACAUAAAAGACGCUAAAAAGCAAUCCAGUGUAGGUCAAGAUAUGAAUAUCGUUGACUACAUACAAGAAUAGGGAACAAUGUCUUUUUUUCAAUUUGAGUCAGAUAUCAUCUGCAAUUAUAAUGCAUUGUUUGGGUAAUAGCGAGGAAAUAACUUGUUUUUUUUACACUUAAAAAAAAGUAGACCUUUUACAAAUUAAAUGUGUAAAUAUUGCUGCAAUCUAAUAGAUAUAGUUCUUAGAUCAUACAUUUCAUAUUUAUUUUUUAAACAUGAUAUGACAGAUGACUUUGUCAUGUUUUUUCAUCUACAGUUUUAUUCCUGAUUAGUCAGUUGAAGACAAUUCUAAUUGUAAAUAAGGCUGUCAAAAAUAGCGCCUUAACAGCAGUAACUAAUUUAUUUCAUUAAUUACGUUAAAAUGUGUAGUGUGAUUAACACAAGCACAUGAUGUCAAGCCACAUCUCUGUUAGGACGGCACAAGAGUGUCCCCACGAAGUCACAACUGAACACAAAAUGCAGUUUUUAAAUGAAACCUUUUAUUAUUAAGGGAGAAAAAAAUCCAAACCUACAUGGCCCUGUGUGAAAAGGUGAUGAAUAACAAGGUGCACUGGACUUUUUGGAAGGUUUUUGUCCCAUUACGCCGCCAUCUGGCGUAAAAGUAAAGCCGCAUUUGACAAAAAGAACGUCUUAGCAACAGUAAAACAUGAUGGUGGUAGUGUGAUGGUCUGGGGUUGUUUUGCUUCCUCAGGACCUGGAAGACUUGCUGUGAUAAAUGGAACCAUGAAUUCUGCUGUCUACCAAAAAAUCCUGAAGAAGAAUGUCCGGCCAUCUGUUGGUAACCUUAAGCUGGAACCAACUUGGGUUGGUGUGGCCUAGUCAAAGUCCUGACCUGAAUCCUACUGAGAUGCUGUAGCAUGACCUUAAAAAGGCGCUUCAUGCUGGAAAACACCACAUCUACAAAGAUGAGUGAGCCAAAAUUCCUCCACAGCUGUAAGAGACUCAUUGCAAGUUAUCACAAACGCUUGAUUGCAGUUGUUGCUGCUAAGGGUGGCCCAACCAGUUAUUAGGUUUAGGCGGAAAUCACUUUUUCACACAGGGACAUGUAGGUUUCGAUUUUCUUUUCUCCCUUAAUAAUAGUUUCAUUUAAAAACUGCAUUUUGUGUUCAGUUGUGUUGUCAUGACUAAUAUUUACAUUGUUUGAUGAUCUGAAACAUUUAAGUGUGACAAACAUGCAAAAAAAAAUAAGUCAGGAAGGGGCAAACACACAACAUUGUAUAUUAGUGAUGUGUGGAUCGAUAAGCUCUAAAAAAAAAAAUCCAUUCUCAAAUGAAAAUAUCGGUACUUUUGAUACUUUGGCACGGUAAUGUUUGUCUGUUGAAAGGAUGAUCAUAAACGAGCCAUGUGUGAGUUGUGAAUAAAGUUUUCACUCUUAUAGUAAUUCUUGGUCAUUUAUUUUAAUGGUUUCAUUUUAAAUACCAUUUUCACAUAUUUUAUAUGAGUUACACUUUAGGGUUUUAAAUAAAUAAUUAAAUUAUUUACUUAAAUAAUUUCUUUAUGCCAAGUAUCAGUAUCGCCGAUACCAGCCUGAAUUUUACUCAGUACUGGAUUGGUAAGUAAAUCAGUGGGAAUCACUAAUGUGUAUCUCCAACUCACAAACACGUCUCUAGUCCUCCUCUGAACUACACUUCCUCAUGAUGUGCAUUCAGGGACACGCCGAACAUCAAAAGAACAUCUAUUGUGUGUGUGGGGGGGGGGUCUAAAGACACAGAAAAACUGUAUAUAUUCGUAUCGCAUAAUGGAAGUACAAUUGUCUUAUUUCAUUUUAUAUAAUUGUAUUUGAUGGCCCCGGAACACACCAUGGUUAUGACCUGUGAGCCACAGAUACACGUGUGUUAGUCCUUGUUCCCUCAUGCUGAUGAUGUGUGUGAAUGCAUAAAGGCGAGGUUUGACCAGUACUUAGUUCGGUGUACAACAUCAUAAUUAAUGCCAGUAUGUCUGUCUGUUUGAAAAUAAGCAAGUGUGUGUGUUUGCUGGAGCUAAUUUCACCCGUGAAUAUUGUACUUCUAUGCAGUUUUGUUUUCAUGAUAAUGUUUUUGUGCAACAUUAAUGUUUUCAUGAUAAUGUUUUUGUGCAACAUUCAAUGCGUAGUGUUAUUGAUGUUAGUUUUAAUUAAUUUUUUGCAUGACUAUCUUAAAAACAUCAACACACACAUCUAUACAUGUGUGAUGAUAGGCCCACUGAUCGGCACAUGACACCUCAUCGGACCUCAUCGGCAACUCCCGGCAUCCCAGGUGUGUGCCCCCCUCUGCUUUGAGCACAGCAGGGGUCCUUGCUCUUGAUUCAUAACCACUGACUGCUUCUUUCGGCCACUUCAGAGACUGAUCUUAUUGUCUGUCGCACAGCCUGUCCAUAAAUGCCAAGGUCUUUCAUAAGCCCGACAGUAGAGGAAGCCACAAAAUCCCUGCAUCCUACUUCAGCUGGUUAGACCUUGGCCUUCCAUCCUAGUUGUUGUGCAUCUGCUGCCAGAUCUGUGUAGCACAGUUUCUUGCAUUCGUAGGCCUCUUCGGUGGAAUACUCCCAUGGGACCGUGAGCUCUAUGAUGUAGACCACCUUCAGCGAAGGGGACCUUAGCACCAAGUCUGGCCUGAGGGUGGUGGUUGCAAUCUCUGGGGGAAAGAUUAGUGGCUUGCCAAUAUCAAGUAGUAUCUUCCAAUCCCGGGCCAUGACUAGUUGUCCACUUUCUGGUCUGGUAGCUGGGUGGUUAGGCUGUUUCUGUCCCUCUCGAAGGAAUGUUGGCACAGAGAUGGAAUUGGCAGCUCUCGAGAGCAAGGAGUUGAUGGUGUUCCUCUUGCUCUCAUGGGCUGCUGCCAGACUCUUGAGGACCUGAUUGUGCCUCCAGGUGUAGCGGCCUUCUGUGAGGCUGGUCCUACAACUGGUCAAGAUGUGUUUGACGAUUUGGGCAGAGGGCGCAGGUUGGGUCUUUGCAAUACCACUGCUUAAUUUAUUGGUAUUUAUGUUUCUUAUGUUCUUAUUCAUUUUCUUGUAUUUUCUUUUCUUUUUUGGGGGAGAAUGAACAGAACAAGAAUUUCAUUCCAUAGCAGAACUACCUGUUUUUACUGUGCAUAUGACAAUAAAACUCUUGAAUCUUGAUCUUGAAUACCACUGGUGAAGUUUUUUUGGGGAUGGGAACACAUCAUAUGUACUGUAGAUUUUAUGAUGAAGCUGAUGUUUCUUGCUUCAAUUUCCCAGAGCUGCCU